CGUUCCAUUUGUCACGAUACAGAUGAUGACUGGGUUGGAAUGUGGUCACCGUUUCUGUACGCAAUGCUGGCAAGAGUACCUGACCACCAAAAUCGUAGAGGAAGGCCUGGGCCAGUCGAUUGCUUGUGCCGCUCAUGGAUGUGACAUACUGGUGGACGACGUGACCGUUAUGCGAUUAGUUCAAGAUCCACGAGUGAAGCUGAAGUAUCAACAUCUAAUAACCAACAGUUUCGUUGAAUGUAACCGAUUGCUUCGCUGGUGUACUUCGGCGGAUUGUACCUACGCCAUCAAAGUACAGUACGUAGAUGCCCGUCCGGUCAUCUGCAAAUGUAACCACGUUUUCUGCUUCGAGUGUGGUGAAAACUGGCACGAUCCGGUACAGUGUCGGCUACUGAGGAAGUGGAUCAAAAAGUGUGACGACGAUUCCGAAACAUCCAACUGGAUUGCGGCCAACACCAAGGAGUGUCCGAAGUGUAACGUAACGAUCGAAAAGGAUGGUGGUUGUAACCAUAUGGUUUGUAAAAAUCAAAACUGCAAGUACGAUUUCUGCUGGGUGUGCUUGGGAUCUUGGGAACCGCAUGGUUCUUCCUGGUACAACUGUAAUCGAUACGAUGAAGAUGAGGCUCGUGCUGCUCGUGAUGCUCAGGAAAAAUUCAGAUCAUCAUUGGCCAGAUAUUUACAUUACUACAAACCGUUACAUGAACCACAUGCAGUCGCUGGAAGUUUGAGCAUAAACUCUAUGCAUCGGUUAAGGCUAAAAUGGAAGAAACUGCAGCAGCAUAACAUGUCAUGGAUUGAGGUUCAAUUUCUGAAGAAAGCGUUGAUAUUCCUUUGCCAGUGUCGCCAAACGCUGAUGUGCACCUAUGUGUUUGCUUACUAUCUGCGUAAAAAUAAUCAGUCGCUUAUCUUUGAGGACAACCAGAAAGGAUUUGGAAACGGCCACGGAAAAGCUGUCCCGAAGUACUUGGAACGUGAUAUUACGUCGGAAAAUCUUUGCCGACAUCAAACAAAAGGUUCAAGAUAA